AUGGCUCCUCAGCAGCAAGAUGUAUUUCAUGCGGUGAUUUUUGAUUCUGCCCGCCAGUCGGAUUCUAGCGAGCCUCUCAUCGAGCAUGGUUACUGCGCGAUGGAGGGGAAUCACGAUUCAGCAUCCACACCAGUGCCCAAUCUGUCCGAAAAAAUGUUUUCCACAUUCAAGUGGUCUUCUCUGUUCUUGGGCUUGCUCGUGGGAUUCUUCAUUCAGUUCAGUACUUUGGGAGCGAACUUUCUCGUUAUCACAAUUUGGGGCGAAGAGGUUGUCACUAAAUCCAAACAAGACAUCAUUCUGUUCAGUCUGAUGUGGUCCUUCUUUACUUCCGCCAUGGCCAUUGUAAUUCUCGGAUUUUUGCGUAAUCUGGUUUCCAUCACUUUCAAGGCGGUGUCCGGAGAAAAACAAGAAGAAGACGAUUCCAAGGCUAGUAACAGCCUUUUGGAAGAAAUGGUCCUUCACAUGGAAUGUCGUUUCGUCGUGGGUGCCCUGGUGGGUGUUUGCUUUGCCUGGACAAUGACCGACAUUUUGCUCGGCAUGAAAGCGCAGAUUAUGUACAGUAUCAUCACACUCGUGGUUGCGCUGAUUUGGUGCCGAAGCAUGAUGUGGUUUUUUGCUCGGUCGUCGGUCCAUCAGCCGGCCGUAUCUGGAUCGCUUCUGGUUGUAUAA